UAGCAACAGUGCGAGAUGCUGCAACUGAGAUAAAAUCAGUCAAAAGAAUUACAUAUCGCUGGAAAAUCAUGGCACAUCUUAAUAAGAAGAAGCUAUCCUUGUCGGAAAGGUUCGGGACAAUUGUACCUGUUGACUAUCAAAGCAAAGCUUGUAAAAAUUCAGAAAUGGUCAGCAAACUUCAGAUGCAGAUUACAGAAGUAGUGAGGAAGAGAACUGAUGGAAAUGUCAGGGAGUCGCAAGCCAAGAUGAUAAGCGAAGAGAUUUCUGAUGUCCAACAAAGAUCUGAUGAUGCUCCUGUGGCUUGUCAAAAGUUCACACCGUUUAAAAUUGAGCUCAAAGUGAACAAGGGCAACAAGCAAGCAGAGAAUCAAGAGGACACUGAAAGAAAGGUACACAAUUAUAAUGCUGGGAACAUAGAAGGGUCCAACAACACAGAUAAUAAUGAAAAGAGUCAAGACUAUGUGAAUAGGAUUGAAGUCUGUCAUGAUUCUGGAUUGAACAAUAACCCUAUUAAAGAGUAUGGAUCAAAGAACAAUGGGACAAGUGUGCCUGUAACAGGUUUCAUAGCAGAGGAACCAAAAUUUAAGAACAAUGGGCAAGGAUCAAUGGGCAAGUGUAGAAAUGAUGAAAGAGAUUUAAAUAUUCAGCCUUCACCAAAAUUUUACCAGGAUACAUCUUCUUUCAAUACACAUCAACAUUAUGAUGUUGAACGAAACUCGACCAAGAAGUGGCUUAAAAAGAAUGCUGAAUAUAAUUCACCUCUAAACACCGCAAAAAAUCUGCCAAGAUUUCAGGAACAGCCAAAAAAGUACCAAAACGAAAGUCUAGGAAACCAGAAGACCUAUCAGUCUUGGAAACAAAACAAAAAUGCAGAAAAUUAUUCAGGACAGAACAAUAAGAAGCAGAAAGCCGAUUUCAAGAAAACAAAUCGGGAUCAGACGACUAUAAACUUCAGGGACAACAAUGGUGCUCAAACUAGUCAGAACUUCAACAGAACACAAAGUUCUAAGUCAAGUCCAAAUCUCAACAAGGGAAAAGGUCCAAAGUUCAAAAUGGGAAAAGGUUCUAAGGGAAGUCCAAAGUGCAACAAUGAGCCAGAUUUUAAGACCAGUCCUAAAUUCAACACUAAACAAGGACCUAAGACAAGUCCAAUCUUCAACAAAGGACCAGGCUUUCAGACCAGUCCAAACUUGAACUAUGGACAAGGUUGUAAUUAUAAGGCAAGCCCAAAUUUCAACAAUGGACAACAUUGUAAUGCAAGUCCAAACUUAAAUACAGGACCAGGUUGUAAGGCAAGUCCAAACCUUAACAAAGGACAGGUUUUUCAGACAAGUUCAAACCUUAACAAAGGACAGGGUUUUCAGACAAGUCCAAACCUCAACAAAGGACAGGGUUUUCAGACAAGUCCAAACCUAAACAAAGGACAGGGUUUUCAGACAAGUCCAAACCUAAACAAAGGACAAGGUUUUCAGACAAGUACAAACCUCAAUAAAGGACCAGGUUUUCAGACAAGUCCAAACCUAAACAAAGGACAGGUUUUUCAGGCAAAUCCAAACUUAAACAAAGGACAAGGUUUUCAGACAAGUCCAAACCUCAAUAAAGGACCAGGUUUUCAGACAAGUCCAAACCUAAACAAAGGACAGGGUUUUCAGGCAAAUUCUAACCUAAACAAAGGACAGGGUUUUCAGACAAGUUCAAACCUAAACAAAGGACCAGGUUUUCAGACAAGUCCAAACCUAAACAAAGGACAGGGUUUUCAGACAAGUUCAAACCUAAACAAAGGACCAGGUUUUCAGACAAGUCCAAACCUAAACAAAGGACAGGGUUUUCAGACAAGUUCAAACCUAAACAAAGGACCAGGUUUUCAGACAAGUCCAAACCUAAACAAAGGACAGGGUUUUCAGACAAAAUUAGACUUCAACAAAAAACAAAAUAUUCAAACAAGUCAAAGUUUCAACAAAAGACCAGGUUUUCAGACCUCUCCAAACUUCGGUAAGAGUCCAGACUUGAACCAUAUCAAUGACAUUCACACCAGUGCAAACAACAGACAAUGUUCGGAAGUUAGUCCAAACCAGAAUAAUGGACAAAAAUUUCAGACUAGUUCAGACUUUAACAAAGGGAAAGACUUUCAAGCCAGUCCAAACUUCAACAAGGGACCAGGAUUUCAGGCUAGCACAGGCUUCAAACAGAACAAUGUCCCAAAGUCAUUCGGGUACAUCAAAACUGGACCAAGAAACACACCGGAUAGUCAGACUAAUGUUCAGCAACACUUUGUAGCAGAUACUUUUGCCAGUGAUGACCCUUGCACAAUUUAUGACAUUCAGGAUCAGUUUUACAACUAUCACUCAAAAAAAAGGUUCCCAAAAGGUAGACAACAAAGAGCAAACUUUUACAACAACAACAACAAGCCCGGUUUCGGAGGACAUAUGGAAAAUCAGCAACGUUCAUUUUCAUCCAAUCCUCUGCAUCAAUAUCAUGUUAACCAGGCAAGACAAUGUAAUCUUCAAGCACCUGCAAACAAUGUGGUACAACCUCCAGAGUACACUUCCAGUGAACAGUUAUUCACUGCAGGUGGUUUUGGGAAAAGACAUGCAUCUCCUGUUGGUUCCAACAAGCAUAUGUCACCAGCAAAGAAAAGAAUGCUGGCCACUGAUCCAUUGAACAAGGAUAUUCCAUCAUUUCAGAACAGACAUCCAUCAUCCAAUCCACCUUGGCAAGGAAAUCACUGCAAAGUUAGCUCUGAUAACAAUUAUGUGGAAAACCAGAGUCUUCCAUAUGGAUAUUACCCAGGUCAUGUUCCAAAUACUCCGUUUCAUCCACCAGUUGCAGGUAAUUAUGGACUGGCACUCCAUGGCCCUUUUACACCGAAGACUUGGAAUGCACCAACCAAGCAUAAUACAUCAAACUUUGAAAGUGCUGAUGCACGUGCAACACUUGACAACAAAGUUCACCCUUUAAAUGAAACUGAUGGCUUGUCAUCAACAAAGCAUUACCUUUUCAACAAGAUGCUAGACCAGAACGAUACAAGGAGAUCUACAGGGGUUGUUUUGAAACCUGCUGAAGAUAAUGUAAAACCUUUUGGAGAUGUGAAACCUACUGGGGAUAUUGUGCAACCUUCAGGGGGUAUUGUGAAACCUACUGGAUUUUACCAGGAAAUAGCAAAUGAAAGUUCAGGAAUGACAGCAACAAUACACAAAGAGAAAGAAGAAACUGAGCUUGUUUCCACUCUUCUAACACAAUGCCAGGCCAUGGCUCAAAAAGAUGAUGACAGACAAGCAUUGCAUACAAUCUUUAACAUCAUCCAGCAGGAAAUGGGACACCAACCUUUUCAAGCAUCAUCUGUUAGGAGUAAGAUCCCAAGUACUGAUUACAAGCCAGAACAGACACAAAGCUUUUCUGAUGCAUCUAUGAAUGGGGAUGAUGCCAAGUUCAGUCCUACUUCUUCAAGCCCAGAUGCUGCAUCUAAACAGAAUGGAAACAUUCGAUUUGAAGGAAGAACACUUCUCAAAGGAGGAGUGAAACCACGUCAUAUACCCAAAACUUUGGUCAACAGACAAGAUGAUGAUCCACCAAGGGAUCCCAGACCUGUAAAAGUUUGUAAAAAACAACCAUUGACAGCCAGGAAGAUGAAGGAUCUGCCUUUGCCGCCAUUCUUUAUUGAAUUUGUUGCAACUGAAAAAUUUGGCAAGAAGAAUGAUGAUGGGAAACUAAACCAAGCGUUGCAUCAAGAUACUAAGAAGAAUAUGAACGAAGUACACAAUAAAUGUGUUACUACAGCCGCGUUCAAAACAACGGAUGUCAAAACUGGCAUUGGGAAAAUUGACGACUAUAUUGAAUCAAACUUGGGUAUUAAACAACAGGAGGAAAAAAAGGAAAACAUAGUUGCAGAAACGAAACAAGAAAAAUGUAGUCCUGAUACUUUGGAGACUAGAAAUUCUGAUGGGAUAUCGCAUAUCUUGCCACGUAUCACUGUUAGACAAGAACAAGGUGUGAGUGUAUCAGAUAAAACCUCUUUGAAGAAGGAUCAUUAUGUUGAUGUCAAUUCCCGGGACCCUCGAUUAAGGGCAACAAGCAUUUCCAAGAAGAAGGAUGAUAAUCCAAUAGUUGAUCUACUGGUGCUCAAGUAUGAGGAAUGCAGAGUUGGACAACAGCAUACAGCCUGUGAUGAUGUCAAUGGGAAAGCUCUGGAGUGUGUUCUAGAACCAGAACAAGCACAAUCUGGUGGUAGCAAGGAAUGUAAUGAGGCUAAUCUGGUGACAAAAUUGAGCAGAGAUGGGCUUCAGUCUCGACAAAGCAAUAGCCCAAUACAUCAUAAAGAUACCAGUGGAAGGGAGACUAUAAUUUCUAGGAGUUCUGAGAAAAGUUCUCGACAUUGUUCUGUUCCAAAGGAUAUUGCCAAGGAGUUUUCAUCUGGAAAGUUACCAAUACAUCAGCGUAGGUACUCUGAGAGUGGAAAUGGUAGCACAAAAGAGAUUGAUCGAUUCCAUAGUUCUCCUUCAAGAAGAUAUAGUAGAUUCUCUAGUGAAAGGUCAUUGAGUCGGUCAAGAAGUAGUUCCAGAAGUAGAGAUGAAGAAUGGACUGAAAAGGAAGUUGCUAUAAGAAGGACCAACAAUGUAAAUUUCUCGCAUCGAAAUAUGUGCCUAUCACAGUCUUAUGAAAGAAACACAGUGGUAUACAGCAGAGACAGACAUAGUGAGCAUAACAGAAACCGCUUCCAAGAAAGGGAUGAGCAUGACAGGAUGAACAAGGAAAGGAAUUCCAUGUCUCCUGGUACUUGCAGGUAUCUGAAAAGGAGGGAUUUGGAGAGAAGGAGCACCCCCCCGUCUUCUACAAAUAGAAAUGUGUACAAAAGUCAGUACCAGGGUAGGAGGAACCGAAAAUACUCUGAAGGAAGUGAUUAUCCAGAAUCAUGCUCAUCACCAUUGCGCUGAACCAAAAGAGGACCAUCGGAGUGUCAAUAUAUAUAUAGUGCAUGUUUAUGCAUAGACGGAUGUGCAUGGAUUGUUGUUAAUCCCAAAAGGAGAGUUUAUCUUGUGUUCUCAUCAUCUCGAAUACAAUAUAGAGUUGUUCAGUUAUUAUGUUCUCUGAAUGGAGAGGUGAUCUUUACGCGUAUGCUUAGCUAUAUAUAGCCUUCCAAGUGUUUGUGUGUACAAAUACUAUAACAAAAUUGAUCAGUUCAAUAUUUUGCUUUCUAUUGGAAGAGAUUUACUUUGAAUUUAUGCUAAACCAUAAAUUCUAGCAUAAAGUUUGUGUGCACAAGACUUAUAAAGAAGACAUAUAUAAUCCCUAAGGGAGAAAUUACCAGAGUUGUUCUCUUGACACUGAACAUUGUAGAAAGUGUUUGCAUCUAUAUACUGCAUGAUGGGAAUGACUACUGAUAGUUAAAAGUUUAUUAUUCAAUUUUAGUUCUGUAUACCUGAUACUGAUUCACAGAUGUUAUGCAUAGUACAUUAAUAUAUGCAAUAAUUGUUUGACUGCUGUCACUCUCAAAGUCAUGUGCCUUUCUGAAGUUGUGCCUUUCUAAUAUGCUAAAUGAUUUGUAGAAAGAUAUUGAAUUUUCCAUCUUACCACUGAGUGUUAUGACAUCUUUUUCAACCUUAGCAUAAUGCUGAAUUCCUAAUUCUAAUGAAAAUACCAAACAAGACCUGUGUAUUCUGAUACCUUGUCUAAUCUGACCAAGGUAUUGUGUCCUACAUGAUGUUGGAUUAGACAGAUUUGACUACAUGCAAAAUAAGAGCUGUACAGAUAGUUUUCUGAGCUCGAGACAGGAUCAUGAUUUUGCCUUCGGGCCAGUUGAGCUUAUGGCAUGGUCUGGCUUCCGUCCGGCGUCAACUUUUUACUUUAAACAACAACUUCUGAAUAACCAAAU